AUGACAAACUCACCAUCGACCGACGAUGUCCAAAUGGACGCCCCUGUGGACGCUCCCAUCGACAACACUCCCUCCUCUUUGACCUAUAUCCCACCCUCAGUUCACACCGAAGCCGCUCUCGCCGGGGACACAUUCACUCACGUGGUCGUACCGCCUUCUCUCCUCCCAUCCUCCCCCGAUGAUCCCGCUUCGGCCGUCCCUUGCUGCCUCGGCGUCGAUGAGGCCGGUCGCGGUCCCGUCCUUGGCCCCAUGGUCUACGGCGUCUUCUUCCUCCCGCUGACCAUCUCGGACUCUCUCCUCCGCGACACACAUCACUUUGACGACUCCAAGGUUCUCACGGCUGCCGUCCGAUCCAAGCUCAUGCGCACCCUCUGCACACCUGGUUCUGACCUGCAUACCGAGUGCGGGUGGGCGAUCAAGGCUCUCUCAGCGAGGGAUAUCACCACUGGCAUGCUCCAUCCUACGACGACUUAUAACCUCAACGCUCAGGCGCUGGAUGCUACCGUCGAUCUCAUCAAGGCUGCCUACGCCGCUGGCGUCAACGUCCAGGAGAUCUACGUCGACACUGUCGGACCCCCUGCUUCCCACCAGGCCAAGCUCCAGCGCUUCUUCCCCACGGCAAAAAUCACAGUAACAAAGAAGGCCGACAGUUUAUUCGCAUGCGUCAGUGCUGCUUCGGUAUGCGCCAAGGUAACCCGAGACGCGACACUGGAAGUGCUAUCCGACGCAAAGGGAGAGCUCACCGAGAACGGCAUGGGCUGGGGAUCUGGAUACUCGUCUGACAAGCGAUGCACCGGGUGGAUGAAGAACAGCAUGCACCCGCUGUUUGGAUGGGGACACGAGUGCCGGUUUGGUUGGGGGACGUCCAAGGAUAUGCUUGAGAAGGCGAAUGGCGUCAAGGUUGAGUGGCCGGUAGAGGAUGAUGGCGAGACGAGUAGAGUUACAGACUUUUUCACUGCGGCCGACAAGGAUAAGGAGUCAUCGGAGCUGGGUAAUUGGUUUGGUACACCCGCAGGCUUGGAGGCGUUCUAA